AGCGCGCAUGCAAAGACAGAAAAGAAACAAACCGAGAUUACCUAUAAACAACUUUAAACUUGCUAAUAGGCCGUUUAAAAAAUGAGCUCAGGAUCAGCAUGCUCCGUGCGUGGCUGCCACAACAAUUCACAGAAACUGAAGGAAUUUGCCGAAACUUUUUGUUUAGUUCAUGAAAAACUUAGGCAGCAAUGUCCGUGCCCCGCGCUGUACUUCAUGCACUCCAUGCCGCGGAAAGAGGAGAGGGAGGCAGCGUGGCUAGCGGCUCUGAAGCUCAAACGACGCCCGAAGAAAGUGUACGUUUGCUCCUUCCACUUCGUCGAUAAGAGACCCACAGUGCUGCACCCGGACCCAGAGCUCUUCCUGGGGAAUGAACUGCCUCCACCACCGAAGAGGAGGAUAGUAGUCAGGGGACUAAGAGAGAAAAAGUCUCGACCUGAUUCCUGCCUUAAUGUUCAUCAAGACGGUGACGAUGCUCAUAGUUUAAACGGCUGCUCAGUGGACUUCGCUAAGACCAUCUCAGAUCCUGCUGGCAUCUUAAGUUCUGAAGAUCCCCCUGCCCCACAGCAUUGCUCAGUUCACACACAGUGGAAAGACCCUUCUCAACUGGAUCAUGAUUAUGCCAAGAGGGUUGGCGUGAAGAAUAUGCACGAUCAGACGACUCAGUGUGACGAGAUUGGGUACUUCUUGCUUCAAAACGACUCCGAUGCUUUGCUCUACACUGGCGUUUCUUUAGAGACUUUUAACAUCCUUUUGUCAACACUGGAAGGACACGCCUUCAAUCCGUUUACACUGCCUGUUCGAGAUCAAGUUCUUCUGACCCUCAUGAAACUAAGGACCAACCGUGUGAUGGCUGAUCUCAGCAAACAGCUUCAUAUAUCACAAAGCAUGGCUUGCAAAAUAAUCCCAUAUUGGAUUGACAAACUGGACGAGGUUUUGCGACCUCUAAUUCCGUGGCUUCCCAAAGAAACUAUUGAAGAAAACCUGCCUGAAGAAUUGAUUGAGGAUUUCCCUGACCUAACAUGUAUUUUAGACUGCAGUGAGAUCCUUUUACAAAAACCCCGUAACCUUUAUUCACUUAACACAAUGAAAUACCAGGUAGCUUAUGCCCCAUGUGGACUAAUCAUGUUCAUCUCUGCGGCAUACGGAGGGCAUUGCAGUGACACAUUCAUAACAAAGAACUCAGGAAUAUUAAACUACUUGAGGCCUGGAGAUGAGGUCAUGGCAGUUCGAGGGUUUCCUAUAGAAGAUCUGCUGAUCAAGCACGAUGUUGACUUGGCCAAGCCGUUUUACACAAAGCAAUGUGGUCAGUCAACUGAGAAAUGGUUGACGUGCACUAGACAAAUGGCACGUGUAAGAGUUCAUGCGGAAAGAGCAAUCAGACGUCUGAAAGUUUACAGAAUAUUAACGCAGGUUGUCCCGCGUUCGAUGGCUGCUAAAAUCGACAAAGUUCUGAGAAUAUGUGCCGCUCUUGUCAAUUUAAGAGAGGGUCACAUUCGUGACUAACUAUCAUUGGAAUAAAUAUGAAUGGCUUUCAAGAACAUUUUAAAGCACCAGGGAAAGGCAGUAAUGUCCUGGAAAUCUGUGUAAAUUAUAUAAAGUUUCUCAGAUAUUUUUUGCAGCUGAAGGGGUAUGUUUAGAAAGCUCCAGUUUAUAAUGCAUUAUAAAGUUUAAGUUAUUGUGUUUUUAUUUACAUUUACUUGUUACUCUUUAUGCCAUUUUGUCUCUAUGUUGAAAGGAGAAGAAUAGUAUGUGACAAAUGUAAUGUAAUUUUUGUCUUUUUGUAUUGUACUUUUCAAUUGUAGUAGUCAAAUCUACUCUUUCAAACAUGUUGUAAAUCUUUUCAUUCUUAGAUCUGAGUAUUAACAACUAUGAUUGAUGUUGACACUGAAAGAAUUGAUUUACACAGCUCAACCGUAUCAGGCAUUUCAAAUCUUCUGACAUGAUGCAAAAUAAGAUGGCAUUUAUUAAUUAUUAUAUAGUUUCACAAGAGAGGUAAACAAGUAAACUAAUUGUAUUAUAUUUUUGUAUCUGAAAGUGUGCAGAAUUCAGUUGUAUUAGGCAAAAUGGACACUUAUUUUUAAAUAAACCAAUUAAUACUGUCAUUACCAUUAAUAGUUUCUCUUAUUUUGUGUAAUGAUUGUUUUAUUUAUUACAAUUCCUGUGUGCAUAUAUGUUCAAAAUGGUACCCGAGUUAGGAUAAGAUAGGUCUAUUUCCUUUUUAAUUACUAAAAAAAGCGUUAGUGUUAAUAAACCAAAAAAUGCUGUGCAUAGCGCGUGCAUGUUCAGGAAGUCGAGAGUGGGUAGAGUAUUUUAGUUAAAGCGUAACGUUUAUACUUAUUUAUCAACUGGACAACAAACUGUGAGUAACACAUACUUUGCUUACAUUUCCUUUUGAUGUAUAGCUUGAUUGUGAAUGUUUUUUGUGUUCAAUUAACGAUCAAGACCUCCUCUUAUAUCAAAAUAUUGAUAUCAAAUAGGAUUAUGCGCCAGAAA